AUGUUAUUUUCAAAUUUAGACAAACUAAUCCAAUUUGUCAUGUUAAUUUAUACUACUGACAACUUUAUUCGUUUUGUAUUAAUCUCGUCAUCUGUAACUACAAAUAGAUUGCAUCUAUAUGAAAAUAUGAACCAGUCAUCAGAAUAUUUAAAAAUGAAUGGUUUGCAGCGAACUAAUUUCAAAUUUUCACAGAAAUAUAAACAUGUAAAUGACCAACGUCAUCAUCAACAACGUUCAGACGUACCUACAAGGUUGCCUUCAGUUCAAGAAUGUAUAUCAGAUCAAUAUAAUUACAGUGUUAUUAAAGGUUGUUUAUGUUAUUUAUUUCAAAGCACUGGAUUAAGUAAUGGUUCGUUUGAAUUUAUAACAAACUUGCAUUUAAAUUUAUUUUGGAACAAAACAUCCAAAUGCAUAAUUUAUACAUUCGUUGGUGAUUUAAAAGAGAUCGUACAUGUACGUUUACUGGAAUUCAGCCUGCCAAUGAAAAUACGAAAAAUUGGAAGUAAUAAAUGUACUACACAAUUUAAAGUUUAUCAUCAGUUAGAACGAGCAGAAUUGAUGAGUAAUGAUCAACCGGAUUAUGAAUUAUGCGGCCAACACUUAAAUCAACUCCCUGUUCAUGAAUUUCAUUCGUAUGGACGUGUCAUGAUUAUUGAAUUGGAUCAGAUCACUAAAGAGAAGCAAAAAGUUAUAGGAUUUUAUGAAUUUCUUGACAGAGAUGCAUAUCACACUGAUGGACUACCAAUCAAAGCAACACAAUGUGAUCAACUAUUUUUCAGUUCAUCCUAUAUCACAAUUCAAGAUGAUCAUAACCAACAGAUAUCGCCUAAAAGCAGUAGUUUAAAUCAACAUCAUAAGGGCAGUAAUGAAGAAUUAUUUUCUUCACGUACAAAAACAAACGGGAAAUUUUUCAGUCCUAAUUAUCCACAGUUUUAUAAAGCAUCGAUGUUAUGUAAAUAUUAUUUUCUAGCUCAUUAUAAUGAACGUAUUGUAAUCAAAUUAAAUCAUGUGCAAUUAUGGAGUUACAAAAGUUGUCAUUACACCUCAAAACGUGAUACAAUUCAUUUUCAUGAAAUCACUACUUCAUUAUUUGAUUUAAAUUACUCUUCAUUUUUUCAAUUGGAAAAGAUUAUCCAAAACCCAAUUGUUUAUGAAUUAAAAAAACAAUUAUUGUUCUUAUGUGGUGAUAAAGAACAAACUAUAAUUAGCUCAGAUAAUCGAUUUAUGAUGCUGACUUUACAAACACAUGUAGACAGUGUUGGAGCUCGUGGAUUUGAAGGAGUCUAUCAAUUUUUAAGUAAAGAAAGGUUAUCUUACAGUCAAGAAAAUCAUGAUGAUAAGGACAUAUAUAAACAUAUCGAUAAAGAACUAUUUCGAGAUCCAACUACUAAAGGAUUCAUGAAUACUGAAAUUGAUUCGUCAGUUCAAAAAAAGACUAAUCAACAAAUAAAACACAUCUGGAUGAAUCCAUCGAAACUUCAAGGAACAAUAAAAUCUCCGAAUUAUCCAUCAUUUUAUCCACAGAAUUGUAAACUAUUAUACAUUAUUAAUAUACCUGAAAAGAGAUUGCUUCGAUUGAAAUUUUCAGAUAUUCAGUUAGGAAGUAACAUACCGAGUACCAAAUGUACGCAACAUGUGGGUGAUCGUAUAGAAAUCUAUGAAAAGAAUUAUUUAAAUAUUACACCCAAUUUAAUUUUGUGCGGGACAUCAGUACCACAGGAACAAAUAAUGUUCAAUAAUAAAUUUGAAGUGCAACGUGUAUAUAUUUAUUUUAUUACAGACCAUAUAACAAGUACAAAUGAGCUUGGUUUCAUGUUGUCAUAUGAAUAUUCCACUAAGAAUGAUUAUACUGAGAAUAAUAACAAAUUAUUUCUUAUUCGUAAAGAUUUAUCCGACAAGGUUGAUGAUGGUAAGUAG